UUGAGGUAUCAUGUUGAUCAAAUUGCAAACUGAUUUGAUAAUGACUUUUGUAUAUAAAAUUCUCUUGAUAUGUGAAAAGAGUUAGUAACAAUAAAUUUUUGUGUUUGUUUUUUGUAAUGACUUUUGUAUUUGAACUUCCCAAUGAUAGUGAAAGUUAAGAAGAUGUCAUCAUCAGGCGAUGAGGAUGAGACUCUGCCACUAUCUGUUUCAAAUUACCAUUUUGUUGACGAAAAAGAUGAACUUGUUUCUUUUUCUGUUUUGCCAAUUCAAUGGGGGGUUACUGAAAAAAUUGGUGGUGAUAAGCCACAGGUUUUCCUAAAUGGGAUUGCUGAUAAUGGGUUGCAACAAGUGUUUAAGCAAGUUAAAGCAUGGAGGUUUGAUCUUUCUGAUGUUAAGCCUGAGAUAUCUGUAUUAUCAAAGGAGAAUGAUUGGAUCAUACUUCAAAAGCCCAGAAAGAGUUUUGAGGAUGUGGUUAGAUCAGUCUUGAUAGUAGUGAACUGUCUUCAUGUCAUUAAGAGAAAUCCCUAUACAUCAGGAAAAUAUUUGUGGUCUGAAGUUUUCAGGUGUCUUUUGCACUUAUGUACUUAGCGAAUAGUCAUUAUUUUGUUUUAGCUUGGUAACAUUGUUCACUGACAUUCUCUAUUCAUUUUUUCAGAUUAUGUAAGGUUAGGCAUUCUAAGUUUGAUUUGGCAGAUCACUCAACUUUAAUCGCGGAAGCUAUUAAAAGGCAUGGCACCUUAGCAAGGUCUAAGGUUUGUAUAGCUUUUAUUAUUUGGCAAUUAAAAAAUAAGUUGGGAUUUGAUAUAUCAUAUAUCCGUGUUAUAGAGAGCAUGAAUAUCAUAAAUCCAAACAUUAGAUACAAAUUUGUUAAGGUCACAACAUUUCAGGAUUUUGUUAAUAACAACAAUAAAAAAACCCCUUUAGUUUGCUUGCUAAUUUAGUUUCCAUGGCUACACAUUAGGUUGCUAUAUUUGUUGGCUGUCUGUAUGGUAUUAAGUUCCAUUGUGCAUUUGUAUGAAGUUAUAUGAACAAUGUUGAACCAAGCCUCUAGUUAGGAAACAUAGAAGUUUGUAUUGAAGUCUUCAUUGCUCAGUUUCUAACAUACAUCUCUCAACUGUAAUUUAAUUUAUUUGUUGCACAGUUUUUACUUGAAUUUCUUGAUGAGAAGCCCAGAAAGAGAAAGAGGAGACUACUUGAUGAGGUCAUAUUAUCACGCUCACUUAUUCACUUGGUUUCUCCUUUCCUAUAUUUUUCUUUGUUUUUCAAUUUUAUCUAUUUUCUCAAUGGGAAAAAUAUAUUAUUUAUCAGGAAAAGCAAGCAACAUCUACUCCAAGAUUUAUAGUUGAAGAAACAGACGAGAAGAUAGUAGAUAAUGUACAGCACGAUGAUUCUGAUAACUUUGACAUCUGUACUUUUUGUGAUGAUGGUGGUAAUCUUUUGAGGUAUGUUAUUGUUGUUGAACCUUUUUUCUUUCUCAGUUUUGAAAUAAAAUAUUGCUACUUAUAUUAGUGAUAUAAAAUAUAAGAAUAUUAUUGGUAAAACCACACAAGCUUUAGUAAAUGUGGAAAAAACUUUACUAAUUAUGUAUCAGAAUGAGAAAAUCUUAGAUAGUUUUGCUGCUUAUAUAUUAACUUUAGCUUACAAGAAUGGAUACAAAGGGGAUUUAAACCUGUUCCACCUCUUACACACUCACAUGCCCAACCACUUUCACUAAUCUCAAGUGAAUUUAGUGUUACUACAACAGAAGUUUGGUUGUGUACAUAUACAUUAUUAUACAAUCUGAAUUUAUAAUUUCGAUAUACAACUUCAACUCUCCUCAUUCAUGAUUGUUUUGUAGUGUUUUUAACAUUCAUUCACAAACUUGGUUAUUGAAUUUAAGAUGUUAAUGCUAUUUGUGAUCCAUUGUAGCUGUACUGGUAGCUGUUUAAGGUCGUUCCAUCCAACUGUGGAGAGCGGUAGAGAAGCUUCGUGCAUUUCUCUAGGCUAUACAGAGGAUGAAGUAGAGGUAUGUUGCUGAUUUGUAUCAAUUCUGCAACUCUGGUUUCAUUUUGGUGUUUUUAUGUUGGAGAUUAAUCUUCGUUUAUGUCUUUUAUCUUACAAAAAUUGCCAGUCGAUUCAGUAUUUGUGCAAGAAUUGUGAAUAUAAACAGCACCAGUGUUAUGUUUGUGGGACAUUAGGCUCAUCUGAUAAAUGUUCAGGUGCUGAGGUAAGAGUUUCUGACUUUUUGUAACUA